AUGGGGGACAGGAAAAGAUCAGCAAACAAGAAACCAAAAUUGGAGUGGCCAUCAAUUAAACCUAAGUCCAAUCUUCAAAUCAAUCGCCUCAAAGAAGACGAUUUGAUUACUAUUCCAAACUAUCUGACAUCGGCUGAAUCAAAAGCAUUCAUAAAUGCGGCAGAGUUGAUUGGUUUUGUUCACCAAGGUAGUCUUGGUCCUACAAUGGGUGAAGCUUUUAGAGAUAAUGACCGGAUAUCUGUGAAUGAUCCGAUUCUCGCAGAAGCAAUAUGGGAAGCUGGGCUUAACAAUUUUUUUUCAGAUUUCAAGAUCCGAGGCAAAGUUGCUGUCGGUUUGAAUCCAAACAUAAGGUUUUAUCGGUACAGUGCUGGUCAGCGUUUUGGGAGACACAUUGACGAAAGCGCUGAUCUUGGAGAAGGAAGGCACACUCAUUAUACUUUGUUAAUCUAUCUAAGCGGUGCUGCUGGCAAAAUGAAAGCCAAGUCUAAAAACACCGAGACUUCUCAAGAUUCUUUGGAAACAUUAGUUGGAGGAGAGACUGUUUUCUAUGGCCCAAGAAACUCUCUAGUUGCUGAGGUACCUCCCAAAGAAGGAAUGGCUCUACUUCAUAUUCACGGGGCUAAGUGCAUGUUGCAUGAGGCACGAAUCGUAAGUAAGGGCAUCAAUUCAAGAGCACAAAAAUCAUUCUCCAUAGCCACCAUCACAAAAAUUCCGGCCAAGCUUCACUUUUCCGUCGAGCCUCCGUCGAACCCGCCGACAAGAGCCCUAGCCACGCCCGAAUUCGCACCUCUCGAGCCGCAGCAGCCCCCAUGCGCGCCUUGGACGUCCCAGCCGCGGCCAUCUCGAGCCAGUCCCAGGUGCGCGCCAGCAGCUCGUCCUCUGCCCAGACGCGCGUCCAUCGGCCCGUCAGCAGCUCCCAAGUGUCCGUACGUGCGCGUCCCAUCUACCCUAGGGCCCGAGCUCGAUGUCCGUAUGCCGUCCCAGCGAGAUCGCGUCCGUACGCCUUGUCCUCAGCAGCCUAACGUCCGUACACGAGCAGACUCCCGAGCCCAGCACCAGAUCCAGCCGAGCAGCCCGCACAUCUCAUUUUCAUCAGCCCAUCGACUUUUGAUUUUUUUUUUUAGUCCUUGCUGA